CAACAUUACAAAUAUUUUAUUCUAUCAGAGCGAAUUUUUGGCAUUCGAGAAAAUACGUGUUGUGAACGUGUUCGUUCUUGUCAGUGCUUGAAUGUUAGAAAGUGCGUAUGUCCCGUCAUUUCAGUUCCUAUUAUAUUACGUUAGAUGUUCGCAAAAGCUAAACGCCGUAUUUAAUUAAAAGAAAAUCAAUUCGCAUGGAUAUUUUUUUGUAACAAGUCAAAAAUAAUAUGUAAAAAAAGAUUUUUUGGGGAAAAAUAAUGGCUAAAUCGGGAAUGUCAGAGUCUGAUGUAGAGCCCGAAGAUGGGGCUACGGCUAGUCCUCCCCCGCAGGAGGACGCUGACGACACACAGAAUGAAAUGCCUGAAGACUCGGUGUGUGUAAUUACAAAUUCAUUAAAACCAUCAACCCCCAUCAGCAUACUCAUUGAAUCUCUAGUCAAGAACCUUUGUUAUUUGUACGAACCAAAUCCAGAUAAUGCGACUCGAACGUACCGUUUAAUCUGUGAGAAAUUAUACAGCAUGAGACUAAUUGACGAAAGCUACGAUAUGAAUGAGUUUGAAGGUAUGAGAAAUCAAUAUCAAAGAGCUGUACAUCAUUUACUAACAACAGCAAGCGGAGGUGAUCAAACGAAUCCUCUACGACCACUUUGGCCAAACGUAGAUAUUACCAACGAGUGGUCUCAUUAUUACAGAGAAUUUGAUGAAUUGGAAUAUAUUGCAGGAGGGGGAUUUGGAAAGGUAUACAAAGUAAAGCAUAAAUUAGAUAGUACAGAAUACGCGGUAAAAAAGAUUUUCAUCCGUUCCGAAGGAAUAAACUCCGUUAGAAAUUACCUUUCAGAAGUGAAAACAUUCGCAAGUUUAAACCAUUCAAAUAUUGUUCAAUACAAAGCCGCGUGGUUAGAAUUGGGUGCGGAUAUAGGAAAAAACGUCAUCACCGAACACACCUCCGAAUCGGAAAUUUCGUUUUCAUCGUCUCUUGAAAGUAUGGGCAACGAAGAUCAUCGAAUACUCGAUGAGAACAUCAAUCAAGUGGAAACUUACUUAUAUCCAACUAUGAUCUCUGAAGCGGAAUUGAGUUUUCAACGAACCAAAGAGAAAUCGUCCGAAUUUGAAGUGAAAUUCGAACAGAGUAUUGAGUUUAAUCAUCAUUCGUUGUCUAAUAGCCAAGAGGUGAAUGGGAAAAAAAAAUGUCGUGAAAAGAGGAAUAGUAUAUCCGAAGGUGGGAAAGCGAUUUGUACUAUUGAGGAAAUUCAAAAUAUUCAACAACUCCAAACUAGGCAACAUCCUAAAUGGGCCACUUUGUAUAUUCAAAUGACGUUGUGUCAGACUACUUUAAAGCAAUGGUUAGAAAAUAGGAACAUCGGAGAGGCUCAUUUAGAUAAUAACGGCGUGAUUGUACCCGUUGGUGGCGAUCUUAGAUCGAAAACAAUUAUAGAAAUUUUAAAACAAUUACUUCAAGGUUUACAAUACAUUCACUCAAAAAAUAUAGUUCAUCACGAUAUUAAACCAAGCAACAUCUUCCUUCAAAACGAUAAUGGAUCUCUAUUGGUUCAAUUGGGCGAUUUUGGAUUAGCUUGCCCUUUACAAAGUGCUCGACACUCUUUAGCAUUAGGUACUAAAUUGUAUGCAGCACCAGAACAAUUAAGAGGAAGCUGCAACAGAAAGAGUGAUAUGUAUUCAUUAGGAAUAAUUGUACUGGAAUUGACGGAAAGUUUUCAAACAGAUAUGGAACGUGUUGAAAGUAUAAAUCAAUUACGCGAAGGGCACCUGGACCCUCAAUUACAAGAACAACAACCCCAACUGUCUUUAAUAAUUCGUCAGCUCGUUGUAAACAAUCCAAAUGAACGGCCGGAUGCGAUGACUCUUUUACAGCGUCUAACAGUGGACGUGAAUGUAGAAUCGGAAAUCGUGAAAGAUCUUCGAACGCAACUAGCGGAGAAAGAAAAAGAAAUUUCACGGUUGAAGGCGCUGUUAAAAGACAGCGGUCAUCAAAAUCAAUAGUUUAUUUUUCUAAUUUUUUUUCUUUUUUUUUAAUAAUUAAAACAACUUAAGUAAUUUUUAAGCAAUAAUU